AGAAAAGAGAAAUUAAUAGAGUGAGAAUAGGACACUCCAAGACUUGUUUCAUACUCUUUUUAUUCAACAGUGAAGAACAAAGCACAAGGUGAAUAGUUAUGGAAGUUAACGAUGAUCUCCCCGCCAUACUGGACGAACAGCGCCGUGAAAUUGCUGCUGCUCAAGCUGCCGAAGACGAUCUCCUCUUCGCCUUUCAACUCCAAAUGGAAGAGGCUAUGAUCAACUCUCUACCCAAAAAUGCUGCUUCGAGUUCAAGACUUACUUUUUACGAUGAAGACGUCAUCCCCAAGAACACAGUUUCUCAUUUUUUCGCUGAGGAAUUGUUAAAGUACGAGCAGCAAGUUCAUGAUUGUAAAAAAGCUGAAUCGGAGAUGAAGAAAAUCGAAGACGAUCUCAACCGUCGAAUUCACGAUCAGGCAUUCGCACGUGAGAUACAGAGCGUGCCGGAGGGUGAGUGGAAGAAGACCGGGGAUCAUUUGCAGAGGCCGUAUGGUGAAGGCUCGUCGAAGGGAGGCGUGGCGAUGAUGCAAAAUGGGGAGCGUUUUAGGGUUUAUGUUAAGGGUUUGAUGGGUGAAGAUGUUGAAGAGCCGGUUGGGGGAAAAACAUUUGCUGGGAUUGGAGUUGCUGUUUGUGACCCGAGUGGUAUAUUGGUGUUUGAAGUGAGUAAGGGUUUAGUUGAAAGUGCUGAAAUUGUAUUGACUGAUGAAAUUGUAGAGCUGAAAGCACUGAUUGAAGGGCUUGAUGUUGCUACAAUGCUGGGUUUGAAAAGGGUUAAUUUUUUCUUGGAUAGUCGAACAAUCUUGCAAUAUGUUAGGGACAAGUUGCAUCCUGGGAAGGGUAAUAUUGCUGCGCUUGUUGAACAGGCAACUUCUGGUUUAAGAAAAUUUGCGGAUUGUUUACCAUUUGUUGUGGCACCAAACACUGUCAACUUUGCAAUUAAACUUGCUACUGAUGCGAUAAUAUCUCAGGUUAAGCAACCAUCAGAAGCUACUCGAAAGAGAAAGAGCAUUACCGAGAGUUGUGCUAUUUGUCUGCAGGACACUGAUAUGGAUCAUAUGUUUCUAAUUAAUGGUUGCCUGCAUUAUUAUUGCUUUUCCUGUAUGAAUAAACAUGUGGAAGUUAAGCUCCUUCUAGGAAUGCUGCCUGAAUGCCCUCAUGAUGGAUGCAAAUCGGAGUUGAAAAUCGACAACUGCAAAAAGUUCUUGACACCCAAGAUAUAUGAUUUGAUGAGUGAACGUGUGAAAGAAACUACAAUUCCUAUCACAGAAAAGAUUUACUGCCCCAAUCCUAAGUGUUCCACAUUGAUGUCAAAAGCUGAGGUCCAAAUUUCUGCCCAAGCUGGGGCCAGAACGUGCACGAAAUGCCGCCACAUGUUCUGUAUCAAUUGCAGAGUUCCUUGGCAUCAAAACAUGACUUGCUUUGACUAUAGAAGGCUAAACCCUUACAAGUGCGUAGACGACCCAAAGCUCAAGUCUCUUGCUACACAGAGUCGUUGGCGUCAGUGUGUAAAGUGCAACCAUAUGGUGUCCCUUGCGGAAGGUUGCUAUCAUAUUUACUGCAGAUGUGGUCAUGAGUUUUGUUACACGUGUGGAGCUGAAUGGAAGAACAAGAAACCGACAUGCUCUUGCCCAAUAUGGACUGAGAGAAAUAUCAUUCGUCAAAAUUGACGCCAACCAAGGAGUUCUUUUAUUUCAUGAUGCUCUUUGUAGUUUUCUUGUUAAUAUAUGCUGCAAGGAUGUUAAUAAUAGGAUUAU